AUGAAGCGAAAACGCAAGAAUUCAGCACAAGCAAUGUUAGAAAGCCUACGAGGACAUCAAACUGACAACUAUGGUACAACUUCCCAAGAUUUGCAGCAACAACUUAGUGGGGAUCAACUGGAUGACCAACUUGAGAAUGAGAACAUAACAACUCCUACAUUCGGUAAUGACAACUUAAAUUCUUCCUCGAGCUCUAAUGAAGCUAACUCACAACAAAAAGAGGAGCCCUUACUUGUUGAGAUUAAAGAUACUUUGACUGGAGAAGUUACAACUCAAAAGAUGCAAGCAGAUCGAGUUUGGAACUUGGAAAAAAAUAAAAAAAUUGUGGUGGAACUCAACGGGGAUGGACAAGGAAGUAAUAAUGGUUCAAACUUGCUUGUGAGAUUUCUUGGCAAACUUUCUCAAAAGUCAAUAAUUUGUCCCAUAUCAAUUGAGAGAUGGGAUAGGAUGCCCGAGGCGAAAAAUCGCCUACAAUGGCAGUUAGUUGAGGAGAAUUUCGAGUUUGACUAUGCUAUUGGAAUCAAAUGGGUGAUGCGUACUUUACGCGAUAGAUGGAGGUCCUAUAAAUAUGCGUUAAGAAAUCAAACCUUCUACCCUAGCAAAAGUAAGGAACAAAUACUUGCUAAUCCUCCUCCAAACGUGGAUUCUAUUGAUUGGACUGCUUUUGUGCAUCACUAUAAAGAAGACAAGAUGAAGACACAAAGUGAACAAAAUGCAAGAAAUCGAAGUAAACUUAAAGUCCCCCAUGCCGGUGGUAGCAAAAGCAAUGCAAGGAGAGGUCGUCAAAUGGAGAAAAAAUAUGGAAGGCCUGUGUGCCGAAGUGAGGUUGUUUUGUCAACUUUACUGAAGAAGAAUGGAAAUUAUGUGAAUGAGGAAGGGAAGAUUAUAGCUGUAAGUUCCAAACACUUGUCUACUUUCAUAUUUCAGUUACGAUGUCGGUUUCCUAGUGAUAAAAUAUCAGAGCAUCUAUCUCAAGAUCAAGAACAUGCUGCCACUUUAGGUGUUCCAUUGAAGAUAUUGGCUCAUCCUAAUGACGCUAUUGGAAAAGUAUAUGGAGUUGAACAUUCUGGUCGUGUGCGUGGUUUAGGUGGUAAUGUUUGCCCCUCGACUACUUUUGGAAUGCCUAAACAUUCAGUUAGUUAUGCGAAUCUUGGUGGUUCUAGUAAUACGUCUCAUCAACGUGUUGAAGACCUAGAGAAGCAUGUCGAAACCUUGGAAGAGAAGCUGACUGGAUAUGAAGAGACCAAGGAACAAUUUGUGGAGACCAAGGAACGGCUUGCGCAAAAUGAGAAUCACUUGGCAACUCUUCAUAGGUUUUUACAAGCUAAAUUUGGUAGUGAGUUGCCUAGUUUCUCCUUAGAUUCUUCUUAG